AUGGAGGACCUCUUCUACUGGCUUAAGCUUCUUUCUUUCUCGUUCAUGUUCCUCCUUUUACUUCUCAAGGUUACUAUUUUGCUCUGGUGGAGACCUAGAAAAAUUCAAGUCCAUUUCUCCAAACAAGGAAUCAGAGGACCCCCUUAUCGUUUCUUCAUUGGAAACGUUAAGGAACUUGUCGGCAUGAUGUUGAAGGCUUCCUCUCAACCUAUGCCUUUCUCUCACAACAUUCUUCCCAGAGUCCUUUCCUUCUACCAUCACUGGAAGAAAAUUUAUGGUGCAACAUUCCUUGUUUGGUUUGGACCCACUGUUCGUCUCACCGUCUCUGAUCCAGACCUUAUCCGGGAAAUAUUCACAUCCAAGUCAGAAUCGUACGAGAAAAACGAAGCUCCCCCACUUGUGAAGCAGCUAGAAGGUGAUGGGCUUCUUAGCCUUAAAGGAGAGAAAUGGGCUCACCACCGAAGAAUCAUCUCUCCCACUUUUCACAUGGAAAAUCUCAAAUUGCUGAUUCCGGUGAUGGAAACAAGCGUGGUUGAGAUGUUGGAAAAGUGGUCGGCAAUGAGUGAGAAGGGUGAGGUGGAAGUUGAAGUUUCGGAGUGGUUUCAAACCCUAACAGAAGAUGUCAUUACGAGGACGGCAUUUGGAAGCAGCUACGAAGAUGGCAAAGCCAUUUUCCGCCUACAAGCCCAACAAAUGCUCUUGGCUGCUGAUGCCUUUCAAAAAGUCUUCAUUCCUGGUUACAGAUUCUUUCCCACAAGGAGGAACAUAAAAUCUUGGAAAUUGGACAAGGAAAUUAAGAAAUCGCUGGUGAAGCUGAUCGAACGACGGAAAGAGAAUUCGUGUGGGAAUGAGAGGAUCGAAAAAGGGCCUAAGGAUUUACUGGGUUUAAUGAUUCAGGCCUCCAACACCAAUGCCUCCAAUGUCACAGUGUAUGAUAUCGUGGAAGAGUGCAAGAGCUUUUUCUUUGCAGGCAAACAGACCACAUCCAACUUGCUGACGUGGACGACCAUUCUCCUAGCUAUGCACCCACACUGGCAGGUACUGGCACGUGACGAGGUCCUCAAGAUGUGUGGAGCACGUGACCUCCCCACUAAAGACCAUGUUGUAAAGCUCAAGACGCUAAACAUGAUUGUGAAUGAGUCUCUAAGACUGUACCCACCCACUAUAGCCACAAUCAGACGUGCAAAAACAGAUGCGGAUUUAGGGGGUUACAAGAUACCACGUGGGACCGAACUCUUGAUUCCAAUCCUAGCCGUUCAUCAUGAUCAAGCCAUAUGGGGCAAUGAUGUAAAUGAAUUCAAUCCUGGCCGUUUCUCUGAAGGGGUGGCCCGCGCGGCGAAGCAUCCAGUGGCAUUCAUACCAUUUGGUCUCGGUGUGCGCACAUGCAUAGGACAAAACCUUGCAGUGCUACAAACCAAACUGGCCCUAGCUAUCAUACUGCAACGUUUUAGUUUCAGGUUGGCCCCUAGUUAUCAGCACGCACCAACGGUCCUGAUGUUACUAUAUCCUCAGCAUGGAGCGCCAAUCAUUUUCCAACAUUUGUCAACAAUGGAUGAUACUGAUCAAGGGUCCUCCUCAUAG